AUGGCCAAGCAAGAUGACUAUCUUGUUGGCUUGGAGCAGUACGGCCUUCAACAACCCUCCGCCCAGCAGAAGCUCACGCCCCUUGAUAUGAACAUACCGAGACUUUAUGGAAUCCGUUUGGUCCUAUGCUUCCCAUUAACCUCUGGUGCGGAUAAAUUGCAGAUAUACGAGAAUCUGAAGAAGGGAUUGGCGCAUACCGUCACGUCUAUUCCAUGGAUUGCAGGAGUGAUCGGCCCAGAGGAAGGACAGGAUCCCAAGACCCGAAGGGUUCAGAUUGUCGACUCACCAAGUGGAUUCAAGUUCCCAUAUAAAGAUCUCAGCGACACCUUACCAUCAUAUGCAGCCUUGAAAGAGAAAAGCUUUGCUCUCUCCGAAUUCUCAACCGCCCCACUCGGUCCCAUCGACGUUACGCCACAAGGUCCUGACUAA